UUAACAGAACGCCGAGUGCAGAGGGAGGAAGAACGCCGUCACGCAAGCUGUUUCCUCUGGUGGCGCGACUGCAAGCUGUCGGGCCAGAUUUAGUUCAGCGUUGGUGUGUGAAUGUGUCUACCCUGGAGGUGUAUGAGUAUGUCUACUCUGAAGGUGUAUGAGCGUGGUGUCUUUCAGUAACAACAAAAUGUUUGGAUAAACCUACCAUAAUUACUGAAGCCCUCCAAACUUUCUUCACAAAAGGUUAAUAAAACUACGGAUAAAUGAUUCGAUACAAUCUGCAGUAGAGGAUGGUGCGAGCAGAGGUGAGUGUGUGGCGGCGCGGUGCGUGGACCUGUGUUGCUGCCUCCCUGCUGCUGCUCACCUAUACUAACACAUUCAAGCCUCUCUUACACACACCACCUCGGGAGACACACAACCUCAGUUUCCUUGAGUCACAUCUGCCGUGGUGGGACGGUGGACACUGCAGAUGUGAUGGGCAGGUGUGUGUCGCUGAGGCCACCACAGAAGUGUCCAUUAAGGGUGCGGGUGGCACGUGUGGGCGACGGUCGUGGGCGGCGGGUGACAAGCAGCGGGUGGUGUCCCUCUCCCUAUACGGUGACAACCCAGACUACUGGCUGGGACUCAAGGAGAUUCUGCAUCAGGUGGGCGUCAUGUACCCCGGGUGGAUGGUGCGCCUCUACACCGUGCCUCACGCCCACGCCACCCACCUCUGCCCACUCCUGAAUCUCUACACCAACUUCUAUGUUUGCGACAUCACGAACCUUCCGCCACCACUGGGCAACAUAUCACAUGUUCAUCCCAUGAUGUGGCGCAUCGCACCCCUGGGAGACCCACAAGUGACGGCGCUCAUGGUCAGGGACUCAGACUCACAGGUGAGUGAACGAGAGCGGGCGGCCGUGAAGGCGUGGCUGGAGUCAGGUAAACAUUUCCAUGUAAUGAGGGACCAUCCAAGUCACGAUGUACACAUUCUGGGAGGCAUGUGGGGUGCUCGCUGGGACCAACGUCUUCAAUACCAACGUGAGAACGCCCUCUUGCUCUCCUCUAUCAGGAAUGAGAUGCUCGAGGAUGCUCAAGGAAUGACCAAGUACGGGGAAGAUCAGCAAAUCUUAACUAAGAGGUUGUGGCCACUGAUGGUGGGUCGGGUGUUGGCCCAUGAUAGUUACUGCUGCCUGCUUUUCCGAGGGACGACACCCUGGCCAACACAGAGGAUAGAUGGCUACUUCGUGGGAUCCCCCAGUUUUCGGAAGGAAUAUAAAAAUCAGACGGUGCCCAAACCAUGUCCAGUGAGAUGUCGUCCCAAACAACACAGGGAUUGGAUUUACUGUUGAGUGUCUAGCAGUCUACACACGCUGUCUAUAUCCAUAUCCAUUAUUAUUAUUAUUAUAAAAAAGAAGUGCUAAACCUACAAGGGUCAUACAGCGCAGUAAACCCAUAUCCAGACCUCAAAUUUAUAAUCACCAAAUAAACUUUUUUUUUUAUCAACUUUAACUUUUUUUUUUCUCAUGGUGGCUCUAUGUAUAGGCAAUGUUUUCAAAUGGUGAUGUGGUCCUCCAACAACUCCGUAAUGGUGAACCUGUAUAUGGAUAGCUCCCGGAUUUAACGUCGAGGAUCUCCAACAACAGCUCACUACAGUUGAGCUUUCAAUCAAAUUUGUACUAGAGGAACAUAACGGCAACCUUUCUUCCCCUGGUGUCCGUUUAUAUAAAUACGAUGAUAAACUGUCAUUCACAGUGCAUCGGAAACCUAUCAACAAGGAUGAUGUGAUACACUUUCUUUGAUUACAAAUCGAAACAAGGAGAGGCCACUUGGUUUUUCCUUAAGACUUGCAGGACCUACAGUCCUAAAAUACCUUGAGGAAGAGUGUCAUGUCACCCACCACGUCAUUCUAAAUUGAAAUUUCCAUCAUACUUUGUCAGCGACUGUUGGUGACGUACACGGUGGAUCCUGAACCCCCUAAGACUGACGUGUCCUAGGUCAGUUUUUAGUUCUGCCAAACAGCAAAAUGGCGAGCAAUAUCUCUCACGACUUUUCUAAUUGUGGCCGGAGAGUGAUGAGCAUCGUCAGCACCAUAAUCAAGGAUCUCAUCAGUAACAAACCUAAAAUCCUUAUCGAUACCAAGGCCAGGAAGCUGCAGUAUCAGUCGUCAGCUAUUACCAAAAAUACAAAUGUAAAUAACCAGCUUGUUUAUUUCCUUUCCAUUUAAUAAAAUUCU